AUGGUACUGCAAGUCGAGACUACUUCUACCAAUAGCCAAGGCCAAAUUAUGCCGUCAUCGUACGGUGGGUCUAGCGAUGUCUCCAUGCCUUCCUCGCAGCCGCCGUCACAAGUGUCUUCGCGUGCGCCGUCGCCACCACUUUCGCUGCAGUCAGGAGUCGUGAAGCCAGCCGCACCGAUUCGCACAGUUCCAUCCACUUCGUCGAUGUCCAGAUCUGAUGGUGCCCCUGAGAUGGUCAUGAUGAUUUCUUCCGCACCGACGCCAAGUCCGAUGGUGCUCCAUCCUCCACGUACGUCUUUGCUGCUUCCUUCGUCGAAAUCCUCUGUGAGUAACAGUCAUGAUCUUGAGUCCAUCCACUCUCCAUGGCUGAUUGAUGGCAGCGCAUUACAGCGGGUAUCAUCCCCCGAAUUGGAUACGGAUAUCAGUCGCACAUCCUCAACAUCGACCAAGAACUCUGUUGCGAUGGCUGGGUCUCCGAAGAGCUCUUCAGAAUCUGUUCACACGGCGCACUCGGGAUCCCAGUCAAGUACGGCUGAAUCCGCCAAGUCCGCGGAGAUUAUCAAGGCCGACACCGAAUCGGACCAUGCUAAUGACGAGGGUGAAGUUACCGCAGAAGUCGACUCAACAGAUACCCGUCAUCGGCUGAAGCGUUUGCAUUCCCUUUUGGAGCUCGCCGAGACUGAAGCGAAUUACGUCAAGGAUUUGGACGUGCUAAUCAACGUGUUCUUCAAGCUCUUGCCAGGUGUGCCGUAUUUUGCCGACUCUUCCUCUCGCCUCAACACAGUUGUACGGAAUGGACCAGCUCUGCUUAAGCUGCAUCGUAACAUGAGCUCACGGCUCACGGACAUUGUGUCUUGCAAGCGCCUUGCGUCAUCUGAUUCGGAACGCACAGAAAUGGAACGUGCUCACAGUCCCGACUGUGAUGAGGCUGUGUCGCUGUAUGCCAAAUUGUUCAUUGAAUUGGCACCGGAGUUUAGCCGCGUGUACUGUGAAUUUUGCAGUCGGCAAAAAGAAGCGCUCUCUUUGAUCGACACUGUCGAGCAGCGCCCAGAGUGGGAUUUGUACCAGUAUCGUGCGUCUGAUACUGUGCGUUCACUUGGCUCGUGUGAGGACAUCCAGGACUCUGCGAGCCAAGCUGCGAUGCGCGCUAAAUCGCGGCAGCGACUGCUAUUCCGUGACUUUUUCAUCAAGCCGAUCCAACGCGUGUGCCUAUACCCCAUUAUUCUUCAGACAAUCCGCGCAUACUCGACUCCCGCGCACCAGGCUCUCCUUGAUGAUGCAUUGAGACACAUGCGCCAAGUAACAGCAGAUGUAAAUGAGGCGAGCGCGAAACGACAGGCGCGGUUGCUGUCAGAAAUGAUCAUCUCCCGCAUGGAGCCGAGUCUUUCUUUGUCAUCAUCGUUUCUGCCAUCGCUAGGCGACUGCAAGAUGACCGGCAAUCUUGAUGUACUAUAUCACCACCCUGAGUUGGCUCCUCUCACAACCCCUCUUGCGACCAAGUACUAUGGCUGCGUGCUUUACGCCGAUUUUGUCCUCAUGUUCAAAGCACGCAAAACAUACACGUAUCAGCCCCGCUACUGGUUCCCACUGGCCGAUGUCAAGCUUACGCCAAGCACUGAUCCAACCGUGAAGCUUCCGCUUUCGUUCCGUCUGACCAUUCAUGGCCAUCACUUUGAGAUGAUUGCGACUACUGAGAAAGAGCGUGACUUGUGGCUCGAUGCAUUCGCGAAGGCCAUCUCCGAAGGCCCCGCCCCUCAACGGCGUCUGCAUGGUAUGGAUGUACCAUUUCCUUGCAAUCUUGAGCCGGUCCCCCCGAGUGCGUCGUCCUCGACUUCAACGUCUGUCUCGUCAUCAUCAUCGUCGGUCACUCCGUCUGCCGUUGAUCCUCUCGCUCGGUACUUAGGAACGUGUACUCUGAACGAUGGCAGUGAUGGAAGAUCGUGCGCAUCGCAGCCGUCGACCGAAGUCCUUAUGCGCCUCAAGUCCCCACCGCGCCGCGCUGCGAAAGACAAGGUCAUGGUAUUUUCUGACGCGUGUAUCUCAGCACGUUCUUCUAUCGACAUCGACUCUACACGUUCACGUGGCAUGCUUGUUGGCUCGCGUGUGGGAUUGCACCGGUUAAGUGGAAAUGAAACGCUUUCUUUGCGGCUUUCAACGAACGACUUGCCGCCAUCAACCAGCGCUCUGACGUCAUCCCAAGACAGUACUAGCGUUCUGACGACCGAGUCGCCUCUCGAUUCAUCGAGGCCACAGUCGCUGUCCUCACCACAGAGCAGCAAAGGGCUCGAUUCGGCUGAUCAUAAGGCUUCCAGACCAUCACGAUCUGAGACUGAUCCCGUUCGUUCGCGCUCACCGGAGGCUCCGACGCGACAAGUCAUGCCUCGAUCCCAGUCAAUGUUGGGACGCACGCUGCAGGAACUUCUUGCACCUACAUCGCUAUCUGUCCCUGCGAAAGCAGAAGACUUGACGAAGGCGCUUAUGGACGCCUUCACGCCCUCGUCAGCAUCGUCGUCAGCAUCCGCUCCUGUGUCAUUGUCGUCGGGCUCCAAGUUGAAGCGAAGCUCGUCACUCGAUUUGUCUGGAUCGCCAACGCCUCUGGGCUCAGCUGCGUCCAUGGGACCGGCUUCAGCAGUGGCUCCUAGCGCUCCCUCGUUAUCCUCAUCGACCUCAUCGACGUCGUCCAUGCCAGCGACGUCCUUCAUUCCGCUGUCGUCCUCCGCCUCGUCGGCUGGAUCUGGAUCAUCAUCCUUGUCUACAAUAUCUGGGUCGGCCUCGUCUGAAAUGAGCAUGAGACAUCAUCGCUCUCGCUGUUCAUCCAUGGACAGAACGUCUUCUAAAACGACUCAUCGUCGUUCAUCUUCCUCUUUGUCUUCUCUCCCAUUUCGUUCUAACAGCAACGACAGCACUCCGACGACGACGUCGCCCAAUGCGUCUCGCUCCCUGAGCCCACGUCGGCGCCUGGCACAGCGCUUCCUCCAGCGAAAUCGCUUCUCAUCCAUCAACUAA